AUGUCUCCACGUGCAGUGAUCAGCUUGCUGGUGGUUUGCCUCUGUCUGGCCUCCACAGAAGGAAGAGCAUUCAAAAAUGAGAAAGCACGGUUCAAGCGACAAGCUGGAAGUAGAUGUGUUGGGGGCGUGAGGGAAGAUCUCAUUGGAGAGAUAGAGUUUGGCUCUGGUCAAUACCAAAACAACGAAGACUGCUGCUUCGAGCUCCGUCCUUACUUUGGCGGUUCUUUCACGGUCGAUCUGGAGUUUAGUGUCUUUGACAUUGAGCAAGGUCCUCGCUGCAGUUAUGACUAUGUUACCUAUGGAACAAGUGACGGUAUUACCGAGAUCGACUGUGGCACGAAGGAUUUCGGAUACAUUAGAUCGUUCAACAGUACGGACAGUUUCCAGUUGUGUUUCCAUAGUGACGCCUCUAUUGUUGGUCGUGGCAUCAAUGUCUUAUAUAUCACUCUCCCAGUAUCUGAAGAAAAUAGUUCUCUGCCAGCCUUAAACUACAGCACCACUCCAUCCUUGAACGUGACAGCCUCGCCUUCCCUGAACUACAGCACCGCUCCGUCCUUGAACGUGACAGCCUCGACUUCCCUGAACUACAGCACCGCUCCGUCCUUGAACGGGACAGCCUCGCCUUCCCUGAACUACAGCACCGCUCCGUCCUUGAACGUGACAGCCUCGCCUUCCCUGAACUACAGCACCGCUCCGUCCUUGAACGUGACAGCCUCGCCUUCCCUGAACUACAGCACCACUCCGUCCUUGAACGUGACAGCCUCGCCUUCCCUGAAUUACAGCACCACUCCGUCCUUGAACGUGACAAACUCGUCUUCACCGAAUUUUACCUUUCCCUACAACAAUGCAACAUCUUCUCCCGAAACCACCGGAAAUGAAUCUCGGGGUGUUCCCAGGAGCCAUCGCAACUGCACCUUCUCUACCCUUGCUGACCAAGGCAUGAUCCAGAGCCUGCCUGGUACAGGGGAGGACUACCAGAACAACCUCAACUGCAGCUACGUCUUCAAUGUGCCCAGGAACAGCAGUAUUCACUUCAACUUCACCACCUUCGACCUCGAGGGCGGUAAUGGAUGUCCCUACGAUUAUGUUCAGAUCAAUGGUGGACGAAGAUGGUGUGGAAGUACAAUUAACGGGAGGCAAGUGAACGGAACUGGUGAGGUUGUGCUGAGAUUUGUCACCGACGGUUCAGUGACAAGCAGAGGUUUUGUGGCUCGCUUCAACAUCAGGAUGGAAAAUGGAACAUCUCCGAACACAACAGUCGCACCAGCCAACACGACAGUCGCACCAGGCAACACGACCGUCGCACCAGCCAACACGACCGUCGCACCAGGCAACACGACCGUCGCACCAGGCAACACGACCGUCGCACCAAGCAACACGACCGUCGCACCAGGCAACACGACCGUCGCACCAAGCAACACCACCGUCGCACCAGGCAACACGACCGUCGCACCAGGCAACACGACCGUCGCACCAAGCAACACGACCGUCGUACCAGGCAACACGACAGUCGCACCAGGCAACACGACAGUCGCACCAGGCAACACGACAGCCGCACCAGGAAACACGACAGUCGCACCAAGCAACACGACAGUCGCACAAAGCAACACAACCGUGGAACCUUCCGACGAAACAACAAAUGCCUGCAACUACGACACUGCCUCCCUCGAAGGCAGAAUAUCUCUGGCAACUGAUAUUGAUGGUUUCUACGCAAACAACGAAGAGUGCCGCAUCAAUCUAUAUUCACCUGCUCUUCCCCACGUGACCACGAUCAAUUUCACACGCUUUGAUGUUGAAUAUAAUAGCAACUGUCGUUACGACAGCCUGUCAGUGAGGCUUGGAAACAACACCAUCGACACACUAUGUGGAAACAACAGAAGUCCCUUCGUGAAGCAAUACUCUAACGCAGAACCACUCCUCGCCAUGACAUUCGUCAGUGAUUCGAGUGUUUCGGGUCUCGGUUUCGCAUUCGACUACCAGACUGAAGUAGAGUACUGUAAUGCUGUGAUCAAUGGUACAUCCGGGUCAUUCGCAACUCCCCCUGGUGGCUACAGUCCCAACAUGGCAUGCACAUACACCAUCAACACUCCCACGCCAGCUGAACUCCACUUCACCUUCGAGGAAUUUGACAUUGAGAGUGCAAGCAGAUGCAUGUACGACGCCGUUACCAUGGGCGAAGACAGACUGUGUGGAAGCAACCCCGGCAGCAAGACAUACCAAUCUGAUGGAACCUUUGUGAUCACCUUCACAUCUGACGGCUCCGUGCAAAGGGAAGGUUUCUACAUGUCCUUCACAUCAUCGCCAGUGGCAUAAACAGACUGACCUACACCGCGAGAUCUAGUUGACAACAAUAUGAGUAAAUAAACUCCAUGUGCUC